AUGCCCGUGUCGCGAAGGCUAGCCACGAGGCUAGCCGCUCCCUCUUCGAUAUGUCGCCAAUGCCUACAGCGCGCAUCCGUACCUGCCGGUCCCUCCCGCGUCCUUGAUGCCGUCCGACAGAGCCGGGCUAUCCCUGUGCAGCAGCAGGUCCGGCUCCAGACUACGGCCUCGACUAUCACGGAGCAGAUCAAGGCGGCGUCGGAGGGAAGCAGCAAGGCUUAUGCUGAGGCUUUCGAAGAUGCGACGAGUAAGAAGAAGAUGCCCGAGUUUACGACGUCUAAGGCCGUAGGUCUUUGGCUUCUCGGUUCCGCUGUUAGUGUUUUUGGUAUUGUUGUCUUUGGCGGCUUGACUCGCUUGACAGAAUCUGGCUUGAGCAUCACCGAAUGGCGCCCCGUAACUGGUAGCAGGUUUCCCGCAAAUGAAGAAGUCUGGCAAUCCGAAUUCGACAAGUACCGCGCCUCCCCCGAAUUCCAUCUGCUCAACCCGCACAUGACCCUCGAGGAGUUCAAGAAGAUCUACUUCAUGGAAUGGUUCCACCGCAUCUGGGGUCGCGUCAUCGGCGUCACCUUCGUCCUCCCCGCUAUCUACUUCGUCGCCCGUCGCCGCGUCUCCCUCCCCAUGGCCCUCAACAUCGGCGGAAUCUCCGCCCUGAUCGGCUUCCAGGGCAUCAUCGGCUGGUGGAUGGUCAAGUCCGGCCUAAAGGAUGACCUCUUCGCGCCCGGCUCCCACCCCCGUGUCUCGCAGUACCGCCUUACCACCCAUCUCGCUACCGCCAUUCUGUGCUACUCCUGGAUGCUCGUCUCGGCCCUCACCGUCCUCCGCACCCGCCGUCUGCUCGCUGACCCCGCCGGUGCUCUUAAGAUGGUCUCGACCCUGAAGAACCCCGCCCUCACGACCCUCCGCCGCUCCGUCGCCGGCCUCACCAUCCUCGUCUUCACCACCGCGCUCUCCGGCGCUCUCGUUGCCGGUCUCGAUGCAGGCCUCAUCUACAACGAGUUCCCCAUGAUGGGCCUUGGCCUCACGCCUCCUGCCGCCGAGCUCUGGGACGACCACUAUUCGCGUAAGACCGACCGCUCUGAUCUCUGGUGGCGCAACAUGCUCGAGAACCCCAGCACCGUCCAGCUCGACCACCGCAUCCUCGCCACUACCACCUUCUUCUCCGUCCUCUCCCUAUUCCUGUACGCCCGCCGCGGCCAGGUAGCAGCAGCCAUCCCCCGAAAUGCUAAGAAGGGCGUUAACGGCCUCCUUCACCUUACCCUCGUGCAGGUCGCCCUCGGCAUCUCUACGCUGAUCUACAUGGUUCCCUUGUCCCUGGCUGCCCUCCACCAGGCUGGUGCCCUCGCCGUUCUUACUGGUUCUCUCGUCCUCGGACACAGGCUGCGCAUUCCCAAGCAUCUUUUGGCUACCCUAAACAGGAGGGUCCAGAUUGCUGCUAAGUCUUCUGGCGCCUCGACCACCGCUAAGAAGGCUGCCCACUAA